UAAUAGAGAUGAGUGGAGGAUCUGCCCUAGGUCAGGCUGGGAGGACACCCUCCAUGGGGUAUAAAUGUCUCCAUGGGAUGGAUGGAGAGAAUUCCUGUCCUCGGAGAGAAGGUUCUGGUGCUGAGUCCACAGACUGAACUCUACAAUGAAGCUUUGUGCCCUCGCUCUUCUCCUUCUGCUGGGUCUGGUCAAUGCUCACGAUGUUCCCUGCACCCUGGACAAGGCCAUCAAAAAUACAGUGACUCAGUAUUGCCCGUGUCCAACCCUGGAGUGUACCAGUGUGAGUUCCCCGGGGAGCGAGGUCGCCUGUCCUUCCGGUUACGCAGUCUCCGGCUGUUCCUGUGGGAUGGGCUGUGGAUCGUGGGACAUCAGGGAAAAAUCUCGGUGUCACUGCCAGUGCGACAAAAUGGACUGGACAACGGCGGUCUGCUGCAGGAAUAAGUGCCAGUAAUGUGUGCCCCGCCCACAAAUAUGAUUUACAAUCAGUGAUUACCUGAAAUAAACGCGUUUCGUCACA